AAAACAAACAACACAAUGUUUUCUCUCAACGAUCUGAAAGAUCAGAUGCCAACAACACCAUCGGCUCUGCUUUCAGCCUAUGCCUCCUUCACAGCAUUCAUGAUGCUGGUGCGCUCCAUGGCCAACGAGCUCAUCCCGGCCCCUCUCCGCUCCUACAUCUACAAGGCCAUCAAUUACAUUUUUGCACCUUUCUUCUCCGUCGAGUUCACUCUGCUCAUCGACCAGUACUUCGGCAUGACGCGCAACCAAGUCUACGAUGCCGCCGAGGUCUAUCUUCGGACAAAGAUCGGUCCCUCCACUGUGCGCCUCCGCGUUGGCAAAACGCCCCGGAAGAAGACCAUCGGCGUCACCAUUGACGAAGACGAGGAAGUCGCCGACACCUUCGACAAUGUCAAGCUCAGGUGGCGUUUCUUGGUGGAGACCAAAAAGCUCGGCAAGAGCGACAUGACUUCUACGAAACGUUUCUUCGAGCUGACCUUCUGCAAGAAACACAAAGACAAGGUUUUGAAGGCUUACCUGCCCUUCGUGCUUGCUCAGGCCGAUGCCAUCAAAGCAGAGGAAAAGGUUGUCAAGCUCUACACUCGUCAUUACUGGUCGCGCAGUGAUGAGGACGACGACGGCUGCUCCGAGUGGGGCUCGGUGAACCUGGAGCACCCGUCCACGUUCGAGACAAUGGCGCUGGACACAGAGCUGAAGAGAACCAUUAUUGAGGAUUUGGAGAUGUUUGUGAGGAGGAGGGAGUUUUACAAGAAGGUGGGCAAGGCUUGGAAAAGAGGCUACUUGCUGUAUGGCCCACCUGGUACCGGAAAAUCCAGCCUAAUAGCAGCCAUGGCUAACUAUCUCAAGUUCAAUGUGUAUGAUUUGGAGCUUGCUAGUAUUUCUAGCGACGCUGUGUUGAAGAGGGUGUUGCUGUCCACCACAAAUCGUUCUAUUUUGGUAAUCGAGGAUAUUGAUUGCUGCAGAGUGGAUGUUCGAAACAGGGCAUCGGAUUCGGAUUCAGAUUCGGACUCAGAUAACCAGGUGACACUAUCAGGCCUGCUCAACUUCAUAGAUGGAUUGUGGUCAAGCUGUGGCGAUGAGAGAAUUAUUGUGUUCACCACAAACCACAAGGAUCGGCUUGACCCUGCAUUGCUGCGUCCUGGUCGAAUGGACGUCCACAUUCACCUGUCCUAUUGCACCACCAGUGGGUUCAGGAUCUUGGCCUCUAACUACCUUGGAAUUGGUGACAACAAUCGUCACUGCCGUUGUGGCGAAAUUGAAGGGUUGAUAGAGAGCACAGAGGUGACUCCUGCAGAGGUUGCCGAGGAGCUCAUGAAGAGUGAAGAUGCUGAUGUUGCUCUUCAAGGACUUGUCAAUUUGCUCAAGCGUAAGAAGGCCGAGAGCGAGAAAAAAAAAUUGCUUAUCAAGAACAAGAAGCCACGAGGCAGAAAAGGGAUAACAAAGUUGCUGAGGUUCAUCUUCCCUGCAAUGCAUUCUGAUGCAUGAUGAUGAUGGCCUCCCAUCUCCUAGUUUAGGUUUCAAAUCUUAGAUAAAACCAAAACACUUUUGAGAUACAUAUAGCUUUCGAGCUCAUCUCCUAGUUUAUGUUUCAAAUCUGAGAUAUAACUCUAAACCCUUUUGAGAAACAUAUAGCUUUGGAGCACUCUUUAUGCUAUUUUAUCUGAUGUAAUGACUUAAAUGCUGAACUUGAUUUAUGAACUCAAGAAA